CAGAUCUGAUCCGAUCAGGUCAAGCCCUUCUCUCUCUUUAGCUUAACCUCAGUAUACUCACUGUUGUCAUAUAUAGACAAUGAGGAAGCCGGAACCCUGUGUUGUGAGUGGUACCGGCGGUAAGAAUAUCAAGAACAACAGCAUGAGUAAUAAACUGAGGAAGGGUUUGUGGUCGCCCGAAGAAGAUGAGAAGCUUAUGAGGUACAUGCUCAACAAUGGCCAAGGCUGCUGGAGCGACGUGGCAAGAAAUGCUGGCCUUGAGAGGUGCGGCAAGAGUUGCAGGCUUCGUUGGAUCAAUUACUUGAGACCUGACCUCAAGAGAGGUGCCUUUUCUCCACAAGAAGAAGACCUAAUCAUCCAUUUCCAUUCCCUUCUUGGUAACAGGUGGUCUCAAAUCGCAGCACGCUUGCCAGGACGAACUGACAACGAAAUCAAGAACUUCUGGAAUUCGACCAUAAAGAAACGUCUAAAAAUUCUGUCUUCCUCCUCCUGCUCCACUGCCUCACCAAAUGCGAGUGAUUCUUCCUCGGAGCAGCCUAACAACAAAGAUUUCUUCACCGCGGCCGGAGGAGGAGGAGGGUUCAUGAACAUGAUUCCACCGUCGUCGAUGAUGUCCAUCUACCCGGAUUCAUCCAUGCAAACAACCUCCCUGAUCAACCACAUGUUCGAUCCCUUUCCAAUGGUCGAGCAUGGCGGGUACUACAGAAAUGGAAACCCAUGCACUACACAGCAGCUUGGAUCAGUUGGCAGUGGUACUGGUGAUGACUGUGGCUUUGGGGAUAAUAUUAACGUGUUUGGGGACGUCAAUAUUAGAGUAGAAGAAGACAUCUUUGUGCCACCCCUAGAAAGCGUAAGCACAACUGACCAGAAUCAAAAUCUUAAAACUGAAACUAUCUUCUAUGAUCAUAAUCGUUACUACGGUAACAAUAACAAUAUCAUCAAAGGUGAGAACAUGAUUGGGGUUGGUAAUUACUUUGAAGACGAUCAGGAUCAAGGGCUAACAAUGGGAGAGUGGGACUUGGAGGAUCUGAUGAAAGAUGUUUCCUCUUUUCCUUUACUUGACUACCAGAGUUGAGAUAAAUCAUUGCCUUCCAAUAAACCCUCUAUCUUCUUUUUCUUCAUCUUUUUUUUACCCUUCCCACAUAUACUCCUUAAUUUCUUCUUCAUUUUCUAAAUGGUGAUCCCUGUUUAUUUCCUCAAGACUGGUGGAACAGUACUAGCCAUAGCUUUUACAUUUUCUUUUUUUAGGUCUGUCAAACAAUUGGGAAGUUCAUAUACAGCUUAGGUGAAAGGGGAAAGGUAUGAAAUAAAGGUCACAGUUGAUUUCGUAUUCCAGAGAGAAGCUCUCAUUCAGUACUGAUUGAGAUUACUAUCAAGAAUACAGUUCGUGUGAAGAGAGUAGUUGUGAAUAGCUGCUGCUGUUGCUGCAUAUAUAUAUAUAUAUAUAUAUAUAAAGUAGCUAGGGAGAGAAGAGAUAUACAACCAUUUUCAAGAUGAUGAUCAUCAAUAAUUAGUUAAUUGGUGUAUAAAUCGUAGUUAUUAUGAAAUGUACAAAAGGAGGAAGAGUGGCCGGUUGGUGGAAUUUUGUUUUCUCUGGAAAAUAAGUAGGUUG